AUGUAUUAGCUUAACUGGGAAUAAAAGGAAUUAUAUUAUAAGGAUUUUAUUAAGAAGCCUAAAAAUAAGUUUUCAUCAUAGUGGGUUUUACAGAGAGCGAUGGCUAAGGCAAUUACAAACAGACAAUCCAAAUCAUAUCAUGUAAAUAAAAAUGAUAUGCAAUUCUGUACAUAAAGACUCUAACUUAAAGACUGGCAGUAGAGCUUUAUCAUGUAUAACUAAUAAGCGGAAAUUUUCAAGGGCAGAAAAAAAACUGAUAUUUAAAUUUAAAUUGAGUUACUCAGGGAAUAUUGUCUUUAAUUGAGUGGUAAAGAGUUAAAGUCUCCUGAAGACAUAACUCAAGAAGAUAUUAAAUGUUUAAAUGCAGAUAUUGAUCUAUUUUACUAAUAAGCUGCAUAAUUUGACAGCUCAAAAGAGUAGCCAUCAGUCUCAAGCACUUUUAAGUCUACUUAAAAUUCUAAUAAAUCUAUAAUUGGAUCUAAUUCUCAUCCUCUUUACGGUCAAGUCAAAUAGGGUCGUAGCGGAUAAGUAAAAAGCAAUAUCGAUGAUGAGCAUGAGCUAGGCUUAAACACUCAUACUUCCAAAUAAUCUUUUCCAAUAUUAACGCCUUAAGUUAGAAUUAAUUAGUAUAACAUGUAUGAUAGCUAGGCUACACUGGCGGCUUCUACUUACAAAAGUAAUUAAAGAGCUUUUCAAACUAUAUCAUCUGCUUCGUAGGUUAUUAAUAAAUUUGAAGACAUUGAUACCAAUGAAUAAUAAAUUUAGGUUAAAAAAGAAAAUACUACUUAAGAAGCAAUUAAUUACAUUAACAAGUAAAAUAAUUAUAAUCUAAGUUAACCUCAUGUCACUCAGUAGAGAAGGCCAAGCCCUUUAGAAGAUUAACAAACCUAUUUUACUCAUGUUCAUAAUUAAAAAACUAAUUAUCAUCAUAACUAGUUGAACAAUUAUCAAUCAAACUUUUAGAAUUCAUCUAUGGUAAAUAAUGUAAACAAUGGAUUUAAUUAAUAUGCCUAAGUGAUAAAUGGAAAUUUUAUAGGUCUUAAUCAAACCCAAGAACAGCUAGUUAAUUUCAAGGCUUAACAGUAAAAUCAAAAUAAUUUCCUAAACAACCAAGGUGUUUUUGCCUAAAAUUCUUCUUUAGUUAAUAAAGCUAAAAGUUAAGUUAAUUGUUAGGACUCAGAAGAAUACAUCAAAGCUAAAAUAAAUUUAGAUUAAUAUUAGUAGAUUAUCUAGAAUGACUAAAAUCAGGAUAAUUUGUAUACAAUAUAUUCUCAUUACGAUAACAAAGAAAGUUUAAAGCAAAACCAAGACAAUAUUUUAAGAGAGAAUGAUUCUGAUAAAGAAAUAUUUGAAGCAGAAAUCGAGAACUCUUUCAUAAGAGGUAUAAAUAAUAAUUCAUUCCAACCUUUAGAAGACCCCGAGCAAAUAUAAUAUAUGAAUCCUCGUACAAAUUAACCAUUCAUAGCUUAAAAUAUAGAAAGUCAAAAGCUUCAAUAAUAUAUUUAUGAUGGUAAAAACUAACAAAAGACUUAGUAGCAAUGGCAGUAAUAAUAAUUAUAGUUCCAGUAAUAUAACAAUCACUAAUAAUUAUCAUAAUUUAAUAAUUAGUAAUUGUAGUAAUUUAAUAAUUAAUAACAAAUGUAACAAUUCAAUAAUUAAUAACAAAUGUAGCAAUUCAACAAUUAAUAACAAUUGCAAUAAUUUAACAAUUAAUAAUCAAUGUAAUUAUUCAACAAUUAGCAACAAUAAUUCAAUUAAUAGUAGCUACCUGAUUUGACAGGUAACAAUAAUUGUGACAUGAUUAUUGAGGAAAAAAUAAAACAUGAAGAAAUUAGCGAACCAUAGUCUAUUUUGAUGAAUGAAAAAUUGAAUAUUGAAGAUUUUAGUCAAAUAAAUCCAUAAGAUGGAGGAGAAUUAUAAAUCAAUUAUUACUAAUAUUAUUUAAAUUAAAAUAAUCCAAACAAUCAAAACUCUAUGGAUGAUGAAAUAGAUGAUAGAAUUUUUAAUAAUAACAAUAUCUCACUAACCUGUAACAAUAGUUUCAUAUAUUAAUAACUUAAUAAUAGCUUUGGAUAUGAGCAAGCAUACUAGUCAGAUUUUAACAACUAACAAAUAUGA